GAAUGGAACCUUGGGGGGUGCAUGGGGGAGACUAACACUAAUAAAUAUUUGUAUUUUAACAAUUCAAAGAAUAAAUUCUCUCAACCGAACAAGCUUUGGUUCAAUCUUUUAAGAGUAUUCUUCUUCUCUCUUCUUCUUCGAUUUUACAUACAAGCUCAACAUCUGGCUUUAUGCAGAGAACUCUGUCAUUUGCACAAGAAGGAAGAAGGCUUAAACAUCAUAUGUAAGUCAUAAACUAUGUUCUAGGAUCACCACAAGCUUAAUUACCCCCAGAUGGAUAUCAGGUCUGGAGAUAGAGAAUUCCCAAAUGGUGAUUUCUAUUCUGGUGAAGUCAAAGGAUUACUUCCUAAUGGGAAGGGAAAGUAUGUUUGGUCUGAUGGGACUAUCUAUGAGGGAGAUUGGGAUCAAGGCAAAAUCUCUGGUAAAGGGAAGCUUUUUUGGUCAUCUGGAGCCAAAUACGAGGGAGAUUUCUCUGGUGGUUACCUUCAUGGUUAUGGCACCAUGACCUCACCUGAUGACUCUAUCUAUAGUGGAACCUGGAGAAUGAAUGUAAGGCAUGGCCUUGGGAGGAAAGAGUAUUGUAACUCUGAUCUAUAUGACGGUUCUUGGAAAGAAGGAUUACAAGACGGGCGUGGUAGUUAUUCUUGGACCAAUGGAAAUAGGUACAUUGGGAGUUGGAAAAAGGGUAAGAUGUGUGAGAGAGGAGUUAUGAGAUGGGCAAACGGUGAUCUUUACGACGGUUUCUGGUUAAAUGGGUUUAGACAUGGCUCUGGCGUUUAUAAGUUUGCUGAUGGAUGUUUAUAUUAUGGCACCUGGUCCCGAGGUUUAAAAGACGGCAAGGGAGUCUUUUAUCCUGCUGGAAGUAAACAACCAUCUCUGAAGAAGUGGUGUCGCUCUCUUGAAUAUGAUGACACUGGAAAGUUUGUACUUUCUCGUAGUGCAUCAGUAAAUGUUGAGGAGCUAAGGAGUUCAAACACUGUGUCAAGAAGUCUUUCUGUGGAAACUUCAGCUGGUGAAAUGGCGAAACAUUCAGGUAGAAUAUCAGAUAGGUACACGGACGAUAUUUGGAGGUCCUGUGAUCCUCCAAGAGACUUUACAUGUCAUGUUCCGUUAUCUAAGUCUGCACGGUUUUCUGGCUCUGGCCAAAGCGAGGGACAAGAUAAAAACCGUAUUGUUUACGAAAGGGAAUACAUGCAAGGAGUUUUGAUUAGAGAAACUAUUAUGAGUUCUGUUGACAGGUCACACAAAAUUAAACCUCCACUUCGUCCUAAAGAAGUCAGGGCCAGGUCUUUACUGACCUUUCUAAGGGGGGAACACAACUAUUAUCUAAUGUUAAAUCUCCAACUUGGCAUCAGGUAUACUGUUGGAAAAAUUACACCAGUUCCUAGGCGAGAAGUGCGUGCUUCGGACUUUGGUAAGAACGCCAGAACAAAAAUGUUCUUCCCUAGAGACGGCUCCAACUUUACACCUCCACAUAAAUCUAUCGACUUCUCUUGGAAAGAUUAUUGUCCUAUGGUUUUCAGGAAUUUGAGGGAGAUGUUCAAAUUAGAUGCUGCAGAGUAUAUGAUGUCUAUUUGUGGUGAUGAUGGCCUGACAGAAAUUUCUUCUCCCGGGAAAAGUGGCAGUAUCUUCUACCUUUCUCACGACGACAGAUUUGUGAUCAAGACUUUAAAAAAAUCUGAGUUGCAGGUUCUACUCAGAAUGUUGCCUAAGUACUAUGAACAUGUAGGGUACCAUGAAAACACACUUAUAACCAAAUUCUUUGGUGUUCACAGAAUAACACUCAAGUGGGGGAAAAAGGUACGUUUUGUGGUCAUGGGGAAUAUGUUCUGCACAGAAUUGAAAAUUCAUCGUCGUUAUGAUCUUAAGGGUUCAUCUCAAGGGAGAUUUACUGAGAAGACUAAAAUUCAAGAAAAGACCACACUGAAAGAUCUUGAUCUAGCUUAUGAAUUUCAUAUGGACAAGCUGUUACGCGAAGCCCUCUUCAAGCAAAUUUACUUAGACUGCUCGUUCUUGGAAUCUCUGAACAUCAUUGACUACAGUCUUUUACUGGGAUUACACUUUAGAGCUCCUGGCCAACUUAAUGAUAUCCUUGAGCCUCCAAAUGCAAUGUCGGAUCAAGAAAGCGUUUCUUCUGUAGAUGUUGGUUUGACUCAAGAACUCUCCAUUCCUCCAAAAGGAUUGCUUUUGGUUACUCAUGAACCCAAUUCCGUGAAUACUGCCCCGGGUCCUCACAUCAGAGGAAGCACACUCAGAGCAUUUUCCGUUGGCGAGCAGGAAGUUGAUCUUAUUCUUCCCGGAACUGCAAGGCUGCGUGUACAAUUAGGAGUGAACAUGCCGGCCCAAGCUCAUCACAAGCUUGUUGAGGACAAGGAAGAGUCGGCGACAAUUGAGCUGUUUGAAGUAUAUGAUGUGGUUGUGUACAUGGGAAUCAUAGAUAUUUUGCAGGAGUAUAACACCAAGAAGAAAGUGGAGCAUACCUGCAAGUCUUUGCAGUAUGAUCCGAUGACAAUAUCUGUGACCGAACCUUCGAUUUACUCAAAACGCUUUGUUAAUUUUCUACACAAGGUAUUCCCAGAAGAAAGGUAGGAUCAACAAUUUUCUUCUAAAUGCUUUUUACACAUCCUUGAUGUACAUUGACACUUCAGAAAGCUCAUAGUGAAAGUAUUUGUAAUUUUGAUAUGAUUAAAUUUGCUGUAAAAUCAAUGCGCCUAUGAAUGACCAUACAUACCUUAAAUCUCU